UCAUUAGUCAGUCAGUAUGAAGCUCUGUCAACUUCCUCUUCUGCUCUUGCUGAUUUCAAACAUCCACUCUGGACACACUGAAGAAAUACCAAAACCCAAAGUGACCAUUAAACCUGAUCAUCCUGUAUUCAGAGGAGAGACAGUCACUCUCAGAUGUGACAUUUAUGAUGGAGUCCCUAGCUGGCGGUACAACUGGUAUAAAGGACAUUCAUCCAUGGUUUUCAGUGAACUACAGGAACACACGUUCAGGUCUGUUAAUGAGUCUGACGCAGGAAAAUACUCCUGUAAUGGGACAGAGACUGAAGGAUCACGCAGAUCACAACGCAGCGAUGAAGUUACACUGACAGUAUCAGUUCCCAGAGCAGUUUUAAGUGUUUCUCCUCAGAAGUGGUUGACUGAAGGAGAUCCAGUGACUCUGAUCUGUGAGGUUAACGGCUCCGCUACAGGCUGGACAUUCAGCUGGUUCACUAAAACUGUCUCAGGGAGCAGGAAUGAUUAUGAGCUCCUCUCAGACAGCAGCAGAGGAGCUGGAGGAAAAUACACGGUCAGUUCUGCUGCUCUAAAACACACUGGAGUUUAUGUGUGCAGAGCAGAGAGAGAUAAACCACCCACAUACACAACCUACAGCAACACACAACCACUGUGGGUCACUGGUGUUUCUCCUCCAGUGUCUCUGAUCAUCAGUCCCAGCAGAACUCAACACUUCAGUUCUGUCUCUCUUUCUCUGAGCUGUGAGGACCAGAGUAACUCUGAUGGAUGGACAGUGAGAAGAUACACAGACAGCGGGCGGCUGGAAGAUUGCUCAUCAUCAGUGUGGGGAUCACAAACGGGAUCUAAAUGUACAAUCAGAACCACUGACCCACUAGACACUGGAGUUUACUGGUGUCAGUCUGAAUCUGGAGAGAACUAUCACCAUGUUAAUAUCACUAUACACAUUGGUGUGAUUCUGGAGAGUCCGGUUCAUCCUGUGACUGAAGGAGAUAAUCUGACUCUACACUGUGUUUAUCCAUAUGCAAGCCCACCAAAACUCAGAGCUGAUUUCUAUAAAGAUGGAUCACUCAUCCAGAAACAAACUACAGAGAUGAUCAUCCCUACUGUCUCAAAGUCUCAUGAGGGUUUCUACUACUGCAAACACCCAGAGAGUGGAGAGUCUCCCAAGAGCUGGAUCUCAGUCAGAGUGUGUGUGUGUGUCUCUUUUUCAGGGUCUAAGAUCUCUGUCCUCCACAUACUCAGUUCUGUACUGGCAGCUUGUCCAUAUCUGCUAGUGACAGUCGUGCUGAUUUACAAAUGCUGCAGAAUGAGAGGUAAAACAUAUGACUGAUUUAUUAGAAAUCAU